AUGACAUCCCCACUGAAGAACGUGGUAAUCGUCGGAGCCGCAGGAAACCUGGGUUCCCGUGUCCUCAAGGCCUUCCUUUCAUCUAACGCAUUCAACAUCACUGUCCUCUCCAGAGACUCAUCUACCAGCAUCUUCCCCGACGGCCUCAAAGUCAUCAAAUCAGACUACAGCCAUGACUCACUCGUCUCUGCCUUCAAGGGCCAAGAUGCCGUAAUCAGCAUUGUAGGCAAUGGCGGCUUUUCCAACCAGCAGAAACUCAUCGACGCUGCCCUCGCCGCAGGAGUCAAACGGUUCAUCCUCAGCGAAUUCGGUAACAACACCGCAGAUGAACGUGUCCGGGCGCUUGCACCGCUCCUUGAUGGCAAGAAAGCCAUUGUCGAUUAUCUUAAUGAGAGACAGGAUCGGCUGAGUUGGACUGCACUCAUAACGGGGCCGUUUUUUGAUUGGGGUCUCCAAACCGGCUUCCUGGGCUUCAACCUCCAAUCGCACGAAGCAACCGUCUAUGACAACGGCACCAUCCCGGCCUCAGUCAGCACCCUCGCUCAGAUCGGUCGUGCUCUAGUCGCUGUCUUGCAGAACCCAGAGGCUACUGAGAAUCAAUACGUCUACGUCGAGUCAUUCACCGUCACGCAAAAGCAGAUUCUCGGGGCUCUCGAAAAAGCCACCGGCAAGGAAUGGAAGGUCACUGAUGUUGACUUUGAACCGCUUAUUCAAGAGAGUACUGAGCGGUUCAAGGGUGGUGAUUUCUCGGCCGUGCGCGUUCUGCUCUUAGCGUCUGCGUUGGCGAGGUUACCGGAUGGGCCGUAUGGAAGUUGGGAGCAGGUGUCGGGCGGGUCGUGGAAUAAGAGAUUGGGGAUUGAGUAUGAGGAUUUGGAUGAGGUUGUGGGGUCGCUCGUUAAUUAG